CCACGCUUCUCCUCACGCAGUCUCUUUCCCCGGCCACAAAACAACCGUGAGUGUCUAACUCACCGUUCUUGAAAAACUUAAAAAUAAUAUAAAAAAUAUAAAAUCCACAAAAUCUACAUAAAAACAAGAACUGUACUACUACAUAAAUAAAUGCAAACUAUUUAAAAUAAAAAAAAAAAACAGCAAAAAAAAAUAAUUUAAAAAAACACACGAAACGAGGCCUCGGGGCUUUCACCCGAAGUUGGCGUCUUUGAAAGGAAAAAAAUACUUCAGAGGAGAUUUUUACAUCGUGAUUUUUCAGCUUUGACAUUUUCUUAACACGCUGGAGCACACAGCCAGCUGUCUCAGUAGUUAGCGGAGAAGUGGAGCGCAUUUCGGACCCGGAGUACACUUCAUAUACCGGCAUUUCUCUGGCGAUUCUGAGGGAAGCCUUGCAUUCAUUUCUAUAGUUUAGUCCGAGAUAUGAACACAGCGGCUACGGGGAGUUAUCCGAUGGCUUCUCUCUACGUUGGCGACCUGCACCCCGAUAUCACGGAGGCUAUGCUGUACGAGAAAUUCAGCCCAGCCGGACCGGUGCUCUCCAUUCGGGUAUGCCGUGACAUGAUCACCCGGCGAUCCCUCGGAUACGCUUAUGUGAAUUUCUCUCAGCCGGCUGACGCUGAGAGAGCCCUGGACACCAUGAACUUUGACGUGGUGAAAGGGAAGCCAAUCAGAAUCAUGUGGUCCCAAAGAGACCCCUCCCUCAGGAAGUCCGGCGUGGGCAACGUGUUCAUCAAGAACCUCGACAAAUCCAUUGACAACAAAGCCCUGUACGACACCUUCUCUGCCUUUGGCAACAUCCUCUCCUGCAAGGUGGUGUGUGAUGAAAAUGGCUCCAAGGGUUACGCUUUUGUCCACUUUGAGACCCAGGAUGCAGCUGAUCGUGCCAUUGAGAAGAUGAACGGCAUGCUUCUGAAUGACCGCAAGGUGUUUGUGGGUCGUUUCAAAUCUCGAAAGGAAAGGGAGGCUGAACUUGGUGCCAAAGCCAAGGAGUUUACAAACGUCUACAUCAAGAACUUUGGUGACGAUAUGGAUGACGAUCGGCUGAAGGAGCUUUUUGACAAAUAUGGUAAAACACUAAGCGUCAAGGUGAUGACAGAUCCCACCGGCAAAUCCAGAGGCUUUGGAUUCGUUAGUUACGAGAAACACGAGGACGCUAACAAGGCGGUAGAGGACAUGAAUGGCACCGAACUCAAUGGCAAGACUGUGUUUGUGGGCCGAGCUCAGAAGAAGAUGGAGCGACAGGCAGAGCUGAAGAGGAAGUUUGAGCUGCUGAAACAAGAGAGAAUCAGUCGUUAUCAGGGUGUAAAUCUUUACAUUAAGAACCUCGACGACACCAUAGACGAUGAGAAACUGCGUAAAGAGUUCUCUCCAUUCGGGUCUAUCACAAGUGCUAAGGUGAUGCUAGAGGAGGGUCGCUCCAAGGGCUUCGGCUUUGUCUGCUUCUCCUCCCCAGAAGAGGCCACCAAGGCCGUGACUGAGAUGAACGGACGCAUUGUUGGCUCGAAACCCCUCUACGUGGCUCUCGCUCAGCGCAAAGAGGAGCGCAAAGCCCACCUCACCAACCAGUACAUGCAGCGGAUCGCUGGCAUGAGGGCCAUGCCGGCUAAUGCCAUCAUUAAUCAAUUCCAGCCCACCAGUGGAUACUUCAUGCCAGCUGUGCCACAGGCCCAGAAUAGGACAACAUAUUAUGCACCCAAUCAGCUGGCCCAAAUGCGACCCAACCCCAGGUGGCAGCAACAAGGCGGCAGAGGUCAAGGUGGUUUCCAAGGAAUCCCUAGCUCACUGCGUCAGCCAGGACCCCGUGCCAACCUCAGACACAUGAGUCCUGGUGGCGGCACUCAGGGCCCAAGAGCCUCUGGCCAGGCCAUGGCUCCUCGUCCCUCAAUGGGAGUCCCCGGGCCCCGCACCAUCCCUCCUUACAAAUAUGCCACGGGUGUUCGUAACCCCAACCCCCAGGUGGUGCAACCUAUUGCCUUACAGCCGGCUCAGCCAGCUGUGCACGUUCAGGGCCAGGAGCCUCUCACGGCCUCCAUGCUGGCUGCUGCGCCUCCUCAGGAGCAGAAACAGAUGCUAGGUGAGCGUCUAUUCCCACUGAUUCAGUCCAUGCAUGCCAACCUGGCAGGAAAGAUCACUGGCAUGCUGCUGGAGAUUGACAACUCAGAACUGCUGCACAUGUUAGAGUCUCAUGAAUCUCUGCGCUCAAAGGUGGAAGAAGCUGUCGCCGUGCUGCAAGCCCACCAGGCAAAGAAAGACGCCACUCAGAAAGUGGGCAGCAUGGCUACCACUGCUUCUGCUGCCACAUCCUGAAGACUGCGCGCUGCAUUUAAUUGGGUGCAAAGAUUAGGGAGACACACUGACUCCGAACACCUGACUCUUCUGAACAAUUAUGCAAAAAUCACACAAAAAAAAGGAAAAUGUAAUUUAAAAAAUAUACUUGAACAUUUUGAAAAUAUUACAGUUCAUAAUUUUCUAGUUCUGUAAAACUUUUAAACUGCAUAUCAAAAGCAAUAAUGCAAUGAAUUUUGAAUGAAGGUCCUUCAUUUUGUGGCAAAGGAGAGAAAUCUUUUUCUAAAAGGAAAAUGAGCCUUGUUCUUUUUCUUUGCUUGAAAGUUUUAUGUUUGAUUUGAACUGAUGGACUCCUCCAUCCUAUCAUGUUAUCAUGGGUGUGUGGUAUUCUCAAUAAAGGGAUGAUAUAUCAAGGUUA